UAGUUUACCAUCGUAAAUUGUAGUUGACAGCGUUAUCGUCUAAGGAACACCAAAUGUGUAUUAACUACGGUAUAGGUUUGUGCCAUACAUAAUGAAUAAAAAAGGUAAUGUGUCAUGGGUGAAGCCUGCUGAGCCAUCUUUUCUGCGGAAAUUCAAGAACGACGUUGGUUAUAAAGAGGGACCUACGGUUGAAACAAAGCGAGAACAAAUGCCGGAGCGUGAUGAUGACAGCGGCGAUAGCGACCGAGAGGAUGAAAGGCCACAAGUGGUGGUCCUAAAGGAGGGUGACCUAAGCGCAGAAGAGGUCAUGCAAAUAAAGAAAGAAAUUAACGUGGGGAAGAAAGAUGAACAACCUCAAGCUGAUGGGAAAAUCAUAUUUAAGAAACCCAUAAAACGCUCCUCUGACAAGUUUGGAGGUAUUACUGCUAGCUCUGACAAGAGGAAGAAGAGUGAAAUUACAGAGAAGAAGAAAGAGGGGUCAGGGGUAAAAGUGAAAAACAAAAGUUUAUUAUCCUUUGGUGGUGGCGAUGAUGACGAGGACGAAUGAUGCAUUCAGUCUUUCACAAAGCAGCUGUACCGGACCUGGGGCAAGUUUCUAAAAGUAUAACAUUAAUACCAUUACAGCAGAUAAAGUGUUAUUGAUAAAUGUUAUUUUGAGGUUGUUAAGAUUCUGCAAAACAUAUUCUUAUCAUUAUAAACUAUGAAGGCUUUUAGAGACUAGCCUUUUUUUCUACUCAGAUUUGUCUUUUACAGUUACAAAAGUGGAAUAUCGGGACAUAUUAUUUCAACAACUGAGUUUUUAUGUUUAUAUUUAUUUUUUGUACUUAAUACCUUUUGUCCAGCUUUAGUUAUUGGUACUUGGAAGCUUGUAGUAUCAGAAGCAUAGAUAAUGGAAAUGGGAAUUCCUACAUAUAUGUGGACCUCAGGAAGACUAGUGACCACUUUGUGGAAGCUAAUAGGGAUCCUAAUAACAACUGCAAUAUUCAUAAUCAUUUAGCCUACCAUUGUUUCAUGUUAUGCAAAGUGUGUUAUAUACUUUGUUAUAUCCUUGCCAGACACUUUUGGCAGUUUUGGAAACAUGCAUGGAAUUGUGUUUUAUUGUUCUUUAACACUGGAAUGGAAAGAACAAAUUGUAAACACUUAAGACAAGAUUGUCUAUAAUAAAUGGUUUGUCUAUAAUAAAUUGAAUGUAAUCAAA